AUGACUUCUCAUCAGGACCAAAUAAACGAACCAAUUGCCAUCAUUGGUAGUGGAUGCCGAUUUCCUGGGGAAGCUAGCACUCCUUCACGGCUGUGGGAGCUGUUACGAGAUCCUCGUGAUGUUCUAAGCAGAAUUCCAGAAAAUAGAUUCAACCGAGACAGCUUCUAUCACCCUAAUAACAUGCACCAUGGCACUAGCAAUGUCCUACAUUCAUAUUUCCUCUCAGAAGAUCAUCGACAAUUCGAUGCCCAAUUCUUCGGGAUCAAACCGGUGGAAGCUCACGCAAUCGAUCCCCAGCAACGACUGCUCCUCGAAACCGUGUACGAGAGUGUAGAAGCCGCGGGGCUUUCGAUGAAGGAGCUACAAGGCUCGCAGACUGCGGUAUAUGUUGGCUUGAUGUGCAAUGAUUACGCAGAUCUAGUGGGGCGCGACACUUCCUAUUUUCCCACGUAUUCCGCGACAGGAAUCGCAAGAAGUAUUAUUUCAAACCGCAUAUCAUAUUUUUUCGAUUGGCGGGGGCCAUCCAUGACUAUCGAUACAGCAUGUUCCUCCAGUCUAGUCGCGGUCCACCAAGCAGUGCAGGUUCUCCGUUCAGGGGAGUCACGAGUUGCUGUUGCGGCUGGAUCAAACUUGAUCCUUGGACCGGAGCAAUAUAUCGUCGAGAGCAAUCUCAAGAUGCUGUCACCGGAUGGAAGAUCGUACAUGUGGGAUGAGCGUGCGAACGGGUACGCUCGAGGAGAGGGUGUUGCGUCGAUUGUGCUUAAAACGUUGAGUGCGGCAAUAGAAGACGGAGACGACAUUGAGUGUAUCAUCCGAGAGACGGGAAUUAAUCAGGACGGCAAAACGAAGGGGAUUACAAUGCCCAGUGCAAGCGCGCAAGCGAGCCUUAUUGAAUCAACUUACGCCAAAGCGGGAUUACAUUUGUCCGACCCCCGAGACCGACCUCAAUACUUCGAGGCGCAUGGCACUGGGACUCCGGCAGGAGAUCCGAUAGAGGCUGAAGCUAUAAGCACCGCCUUCUUCAGGAACCAUCCUCCCAAGGGGCGGAAUGCCGACCCUCUCUUCGUGGGCUCAAUCAAGACCGUCGUUGGGCACACUGAAGGAACGGCAGGACUUGCUGGUCUUCUCAAAGCUUCUUUAGCGCUGCAAAAUGGAGUUAUCCCGCCCAAUAGGCUGUUUGACAAGCUUGCGCCCGCCGUGAAGCCGUUCUACGAUAAGUUAGAGAUUGCGAGGAAUGCGAAACCAUGGCCUUCAGUUGAGCAUAAGGCCCCGCGACGGGCGAGCGUAAAUUCGUUUGGAUUUGGAGGGGCAAAUGCACACUGCAUCUUGGAGAGUUAUACUGCUCCUCUUCCUGCCAAUUCACCGAGUCGCGACAAAACCAAUCGCAUAUGCACCCCAUUCACAUUUUCAGCUAUUUCGGAGCGUUCUCUUGCCGCAGUUGUGGCUUCCUACUCGGAAUUUCUGAAGGCAGAGAAAUCGAUCAAUCUCCGUGCUUUAUCGCAUACUCUGAACAGUAGAAGAGUCGCCUUCCCUGUCAGAGUGUCCUUUUCAGCAUCUGACCUCUCAAGUCUUUGUUCAAAGCUUGAUUUAUUCGUGGAGGGACAAGGCGAAGAAUCAACUACGGCUAUUUCUUCCAGCCCAGGACCAUUAUGUGUCCUUGGAAUCUUCACUGGCCAAGGGGCCCAGUGGGCUCAAAUGGGAGCCAAGUUGAUGAGUUUCCCAGCAGUCACGAAAAUUGUGGACAGUUUGGAGCGAAGUCUGGCAGAUUUGCCCCGGGAUCGCCCAAAAUGGUCCCUCAAAGCAGAGCUUUUAGCCGACAAGAUGUCAUCCCGUGUAGGUGAAGCCGCUCUCUCUCAACCGCUCUGUACCGCUGUUCAAAUCAUCUUGGUUGACCUUGUUCGAGCUGCUGGCAUCCAUUUUGCGGCAGUGGUGGGCCAUUCCUCUGGUGAAAUUGGUGCGGCAUACGCUGCGGGUUAUAUCACUGCCAGUGACGCUAUUCGUAUUGCAUAUUACCGUGGCGUUAGUUUACGUUUGGCCCAAGGCAAAAAAGGACAAGCCGGAGGCAUGAUAGCUGUGGGAACAUCGUAUGACGAUGCCAAGGAGUUCUGUAAUCUUAGAAAAUUCCGAGGAAAAGUGUGCAUGGCGGCUAGCAAUUCGGCGACUAGCGUUACGAUAUCUGGAGAUGCCGAUGCAAUCGAUAAUGUGAGGGCUGUGUUUGAAGAAGAAAAGAAGUUCGCAAGGGUACUUAAGGUCGACAAGGCCUAUCAUUCCCAUCACAUGGCGGCUUGUUCUGAAUCAUACCUCAACUCCCUUCGGGCAUGUGGAAUUAAGGCUCGGCGUCCCGUGGAUUCCGAAUGCUUAUGGGUUUCCAGCGUCUACCAAGAAGAUAUAAAUGAUACCCAGGACGAUUUGAGUAGUUCUUAUUGGGUGAGCAAUCUUGUAUCGCCAGUCCUAUUCUCGCAAGCAGUUGAAUAUGCUCUUGGGGAAGGGAGGUUCGAUCUUGCCAUCGAGCUUGGGCCCCAUCCGGCGUUGAAGGGACCUGCUAGUCAGGUUAUUCAAGACGCUUUAGGUGAUCCUACUCCCUAUACGGGCUUCCUGAAUCGUGGGGUCGAUGAUAUAGAAGCAUUUUCCAACGGCCUUGGUAACAUUUGGUCUUCUAUUAGCAAGUCAGCCGUCAACUUUACCGGAUACGACAGUUUAUUGAACAAAACAGCCCCCCUAAAGCUACUCAAAGGACUUCCCCCUUACUCUUGGGAACAUGAGCGCGCUUAUUGGCACGAAUCCCGUGUGUCAAAAUCGUACCGUGAGCGGCAACACCAACCUCAUGAACUACUUGGUACUCGGUCUCAUAAUUCUUCCAAUGAACAAGUCCGAUGGGAUAACUACCUUAUCCCCAAAGAGUUACCAUGGAUUUCUGGUCAUCAAAUCCAGGGGCAAAUGGUGUUCCCGGCUGCUGGCUACAUGUCGACCGCUUUCGAAGCUGCUCGCGAAAUUGCUGGCAUUGAGUCCAUGAAGCUAAUUGAAUUGAGAGGUUUUACAAUUGGUCAAGCACUCGUCUUCGAUACCGAAGAUUCAAGCGUCGAAAUCCAUGUCUCAUUGACCGAAAUCCAGCGCCGUGGAACACAGUUAUCCGCCAGAUUUAAUUUUUUCUCCACCGGGAGCAAAGAGCCUGGCCCCAUGCUGCUCAAUGCUAGUGGUAACCUUCAUGUGACAUUUGGAUACCAAGAAUCACAAGUCCUCCCGCCAAUGCCCAAACCUCACUUUGCGAUGAUGGAAGUGGAGUCUGACCGUUUCUACGACUCUUUCGCCGAAAAUGGCUACAGAUAUACUGGUCCAUUUAAAGCAUUAUCGUCAAUGGAGAGGAAGACUGGGGUCGCAACUGGUCUGGUUGCGGUACCUGCAAGUAUUAAUCCAGAGAAGAGGCUCAUUAUUCACCCAGCAGCAUUAGAUGCAGCGGUUCAAUCAAUCCUUCUGGCAUACUGCUAUCCAGGCGAUGGUAGGCUUCGGACGCUUCAACUACCCACACAUGUCUCGCGGAUCGCCAUUAAUCCAACCUUAUGCGUUGCGAAUUCCAUAGCAGGACUUUCCUUGAAUUUUAUUUCUACCAUCAUUGAAGAUGGUUCGGCAAAAAUAAACGGGGAUGUAGAUCUUUAUCCGAUGGAUAGCCAGAAUGCAAUGCUCCAACUUGAAGGGAUGCAUACCACACCUAUGGUUCCUCCGACCGAAGCGACUGAUUUUCACCUAUUCUCAGAGGCCGUUUGGGACUCGGCUUCCCCAGAUGCGAUGUCGCUCUCUACCGAAGUCAUGGAAAGCUACGAUUUCUCGUUUAUACUUGAAAGGGUUGCUCACUUUUAUCUACGCAACCUCCAAAAUGGGACAACUCUAAAAGACCGUGAAAACUGCGAGUGGCACCAUAAACACCUUUUUUCUUAUCUCGAUACUAUGCUUCUUCGGGUUGCAAACGGAAUCCAUCCCUUCGCGAAACGGGAGUGGGUUAACGAUACCCAUGAUGAGAUACAGUUCAUUGUCAAAAGCUAUCCCGACAGUAUUGAUCUUCGUCUUAUGCAUGCCGUUGGAGAGAAUAUCAUUGCAGUAGUUCGAGGAGAGAUGACUAUGCUCGAGCCUAUGAUUGAGGAUAACAUGCUUAAUGACUUUUAUGUUCUUGGUUUUGGCAUGUCCGAGUAUCUGCAGAGAUUAUCCGCUACCGCAAGACAAAUAGGCCAUCGCCAUCCAAACAUGAACGUGCUAGAGAUUGGCGCGGGAACUGGUGGGGCUACAAAGUCGAUUUUGAGAGAACUUGAUGAAGCAUUCGCCUUGUACACAUUCACCGACAUAUCCAGUGGAUUCUUCGAAAAGGCCAAAGAUCUUUUCAAAGCACGUGAGUCAAAAAUGGUCUUCAAGACCCUUGAUAUAGAAAAGGAUGUGGUCGAACAGGGAUUUGCGGAACACUCAUUUGAUUUGAUCGUCGCAUCUCUUGUUCUUCACGCCACAACCAAACUUGAAGAGACUAUGAAAAACGUUCGACAGCUACUAAAACCCGGUGGAUACUUGCUCCUACUGGAAAUAACCGAUAAUGACCCGAUGAGAUUUGGAUUCAUUUUUGGUGGGUUGCCUGGUUGGUGGCUUGGUGUGGAUGAUGGUAGAUCGGUAUCGCCAUGCAUUGAGCCACACAAGUGGGAAACGUUAUUAAAACACCACGGCUUUUAUGGAAUCGAUUCAAUGAGCUCUCACAAGACCAAUGAACCAAUCCCUCUCUGUGUUAUUCUUGGCCAAGCUAUGGAUUAUCGAGUCGAUUUCCUUCGCGAUCCACUAUCGACAGACCAGGACACUAUCAACUUACGACUUCCAGAGCUCACCAUCAUCGGGGGCAGCACUCCACGGACCUCAAGUUGCGUGUCUACAUUGGCCAGUCUGUUGGGUCCUUACUGUGACGAAAUUGGACAAGUUAAAUCGUUGGUUAAUCUUGACACGACUGAUUUAUCGUUUGGUGGGAGUGUUAUUUGUAUGCAGGAUCACGACGACCCAACCUUCAAAUCGAUGUCCGAGAAAAUGCUAAAGGGGUACCAAAAGCUUUUUGAGAAAUCAAAAAAUGUCAUUUGGAUCACUCGUGGCUACAAAGAAUGCGAACCAUAUGCCAAAAUGGUGGUAGGAUUUGCUCGAUGUCUUAUUCAGGAAAUGCCACAUGUUAGGCUCCAAUUUUUGGAUAUCAAUCCCUCCGACCAGCCCAAUGCAAAGGUUGUCGCAGAAGCGAUGUUGACAUUUGCGGCAGCAGAUAUGUGGGAAGAUCAAGGCCGACUAAACGACCUCUUCUGGUCGGUUGAACCAGAGAUGGCAUUUGAGAAAGGGCAGGUAUUCAUACCUCGAAUUCAACUCAGCAAAUCACUCAACAAUCGCUACAAUUCAUCUAGCCGACUUAUUACCCAGGAUGUUGAUCCUAAAUCUCGACCAGUGACAUUGACAUAUUUCGGCGACACACAUGUUUUGAAAGCUGAAUCAGGCCUCGUUCCAACCCAGUCACCAGAUAUUCGGGACAACGUUGAAAUCCAGGUCAGCUAUUCCAUCUUGAAAUCGGUGAAGAUUGGAUCCUUGGGAUAUUUCUUUCUUGUCCUGGGUACGAAUACAGCGACAGGUGACCAAAUCAUUUCUCUAUCAACGUCACUGUCUUCGCAGAUCAAAGUGCCCGUAACUUGGACCUACCCCUGUAUGCUUCCUCCUAAGCAAGCCGUCGAAUAUCUUGCCACUAUUUUUUAUACCAUGUUAUCGAAUUCGGUACUCUUUGAGCUUCCUAGGGGUGGUCUCGUGGUAGUUCUUGAGCCUAGCAAACCUCUUGAAUUUAUACUCGAGACUUGCGCAUCGAAGAAGGGAAUCCACCUCAAAUUCUUAACCCCCACGUCCACCACCGCCCCUCACCAGGAAUCUUGGACAACCAUUCAUCCACGGGCUUCGAAACGAGACGUCGAAACAGCUCUUCCUCAUAAUAUUUCUCGCAUCAUUGUUUGUAAAAACAGCGAUUGGUCCUCAGCUAUCCGAAAACAGAUUCCCGCUCACCAUAUAGUUGAGACACUUGACACCCUUACGCAGUUUGAUGGGGGCAUCAAAUCAUCAGCAACCGAUUCUCGGAUUCCGCACGCUCUUGAAGCGUCUCGAGUGCAGAUCUUAUCUAGCUCCUCGGCCAUUAAAUUUCAGGAUAUACCAAUUUCGUCCGUGCAGGAAAUUCUCGAACCCUCAGCUGAGCAUAUUCCGGUAUCUGUUGUGAACUGGGGUGUAUCAACUACUGUGCCAAUUAAAAUUGAGCCUGUGGAUGCCAGACCCCUAUUUAAGAAUGAUAAAACGUACUGGCUUGUUGGAUUGACAGGUGGACUUGGACUUUCCCUUUGCAGAUGGAUGGUAAACCGUGGUGCCAGAUACAUUGCUAUCUCUAGCCGUAACCCAAAAGUUGACCCACGAUGGAUAUCAGAUUUUGAAGCUGCUGGUGCUACUGUCAAAGUCUACGCUAAUGAUGUUACCAACCGCGACUCCCUUCGGUUGGUCCACCAACAGAUUCAAACUUGUCUCCCGCCCAUUAUUGGAGUUUGCCAAGGUGCCAUGGUUCUUCACGACACUCUAUUUCUUGAUUUGGACAUGGAGCGGAUGGAGAAAGUCUUAAAGCCGAAAGUGGAUGGGGCAGUCUACUUGGAUGAAAUAUUCUCUCAUCAACCCCUUGAUUUCUUUGUCUUCCUCUCUUCCAUGGCGUCUAUAACUGGUAACCCUGGUCAGUCAGCUUACGGUGCAGCCAACAUGUUUCUUGCGGGCCUUGCUGCUCAAAGGAGACGACGUGGUGUUGCUGCCUCAACUGUCCAUAUCGGUGCAAUUGUCGGUAAUGGCUAUGUUACACGCGAGCUUAGCUUGGGACAACAGGUUGCCUUGCAAAAGGUAGGUCAUACGUGGAUGUCGGAGCAAGAUUUCUAUCAGAUUUUCGCCGAAGCCGUUGUUGCUAGCCCUCCACGACCAGGACCUAACCCUGAAUAUUUUACUGGUUUGAGAUUAUUCUAUGCGGACGAAGAGGAGAAACCUCACUAUGCUAAAAGCCCGAUAUUCUCACAUUUGACUAUACAUAGGAAUCUUGCUGGUUUUGUUAGUGGUGGGAACACCGCCGUUGUGUCUGUAAAGACGCAACUUUUGAAGGCGACUACUCAUGAAGAAGUCUACGAGAUUCUAAAAGUUUCGCUAGUUUUAAAAUUGCAAGUCGCUCUUCAAACACCAGCGGAUUUGGACGUUGUCAGUCAAACUGCAGAUGCCCUAGGUAUCGACUCGCUAGUUUCUGUUGACUUGAGAUCAUGGUUCAUGAAGGAACUAAAUGUCGACAUGCCGGUCCUUAAGAUUUUAAGUGGUGCAACGAUUGGCGAACUACUGGAACGCGCUCAGGAAUUGCUUGAUCCUACUUUAAUUCCUAAUAUUGGAGCAGAAACUGCCACGGAAAAGAAACUAUUGCCCGAGAAGCCCAAAGUAGUCCGCAAACCAGUCGUAAUGCCCCCGAAACCCAAAUUUAUACCGUCGAAACCAGCUCCCGUUCAGCCAGUGUUGAAAGCAAUUCCCUCUCAAAAAUUACAGCCACACCCGACCGCUACGCCGGUCAAAGCUAUAGUAGCAAACAAGCCAGCAGAUAUGGAGUUGGACUCCGAAUCGUCGGACUUGCCCAUUUCACACGAUUAUCCGGCACCUAAUUUUAAGCAACCCGUUUCUGAGGGCCAUAGUUCAGAAUCCAUUCUGUCGAUCUCAACCAGAUCUCUCGAACCUGAAAUUCUUUCGGACGCGAAAAUUAGUUCGCCGAAUUCAUUGACAUCCUCUUUUGAGGAGAUUUCUCGACCAUCCGGUGCUAAAAGCGGAAUCCAGAGAGUUCUUCCCAUGUCAUUCAGUCAGUCGAGAUUCUGGUUCUUGAAAUUCUACCUCGAAGAUCAAACUACGUUCAAUGUUACUACUUCAAUCCAUCUUCGUGGUAACCUUCGCGUCGAGGACCUUGCACAAGCGGUGGCAACUAUUGGGCAACGACAUGAAUCCCUGCGAACCCGCUUCUUCACGGACGAAAAUCACCAGCCAAUGCAGGCUAUACUAGAGUUUUCUGUUCUUCGGCUGGAGACGAGAAAUAUUUCCGAUGAUGAUGAAAUUUCUAAAGAGUAUGCCAGUCUCAAAAAUCACGUCUACGAUCUAGAAAACGGGGAGACUCUUAGAAUAAUUCUACUUUCGCUAUCUCCAGUAUCCCACCAAAUCCUACUAGGUUAUCACCACAUCAACAUGGAUGGAGUAAGUUUUGAGCUUUUUUUCUCUGACUUGCAAAAGGCCUACGAUUCCAGUUUGAGUACAAGCUUUCAGGUUCUACAAUACCCAGAUUUUGCGUCGAGGCAAAGAAAAGAAUAUCUCGAUGGGGAAUGGAGCAACGAGCUGCGUUAUUGGCGCAAUCAGUUUCCAGAUAUUCCCUCGCCACUACCACUGUUGCCAGUAUCGACCUUAACAUCUCGAUUGGCGCUAACAAAAUACGGAUCCCACAUGUCCUCCUAUCGGGUGACACCGGAAUUGUCAGCUCAGGUUUAUGGUACCUGCAAGAAGCUAAGGGUUUCUCCAUUUCAAUUUUAUCUCGCCGUCUACAGAGUCAUGAUAUUCCGGUGGGUGGAAACGGACGACUAUUGUAUCGGUGUCGCAGACGCAAACAGAAGCGGAAGCGAUGUGCAGCAAAGCCUCGGAUGCUACUUAAAUCUUCUUCCAAUCAGAUUUAACACCCGUGCUACAAACACCUUCAGCGAAGCAGUCAAGGAGACUAAAACGAAAGCUCAACAAGCAUUUGCCAAUUCCAAGGUCCCUUUCAAUGUUCUCCUCAGCGAGCUCAACGUUCCCAGAUCGUCAAGCGAGAGUCCGCUUUUCCAAGUUUUCCUCAAUUACCGUCAAGGGGUAGCUGAGAGUCGAACGUUUUGCGAUUGUGACUGUGAAUGGACCGACUUCGAUGGUGGUCAAAUUGCAUACGACCUCAGCCUUGAUGUCGUAGACAAUGCUGGUGGCGAUGCGCUCCUCAGACUCUCUGUCCAGAAAGAUCUGUAUACAUCUCAAGAUGGGGAAAUUUUGAUAAAGAGUUUUGUUAAUCUACUUGAUGCCUUUUCCAGGAACCCUGCUUCGCGCCUUAGCAGGCCUCCUCUUUUUGCGGGGGACGACAUCGAGAAGGCAAUUUCACUUGGACGUGGUUCGAUUUCUUCGAUUGAAUGGCAAGGUACAGUCAUCCAUCGUAUCGAUGAGAUAGCGCAAUCAAAUCAUCAAGCUCCCGCUCUCAAAGAUGGACUUGGGAACUCCCUGACCUAUGCUCAAAUGCAUACCCGGGCGAAUGUCAUCGCAGUUGCUCUAUCCGACCUUCGUGUAGGCAAUGGAUCAAGAGUGGGUGUAUUCCAAGAACCAUCAACAGACUGGAUAUGUUCCAUAUUAGCCAUUUUACGAUUAGGGGCCGUUUAUGUGCCUCUCGAUCCAUGGUUAACGACUAUGCGCCUUGCUGUAAUUGUUAAGGAUUGCCAGCCGGAUGCCAUUUUGACUGACAACACAAAUAAGAAAGAUUUUCCGCUACUUAAAUCCCAGUCCAACAUGGUCAAUGUUUCUAAGCUAUCUUCCAGUUUGAGAAACAAAACUAUACCCAAUGUCUCCAAAGAGGAUUCGACAAUGACAGUUCUAUACACAAGUGGAAGUACAGGAACACCGAAAGGUGUCGUCAUGAAGCAUUCAGCAAUCCGAGCUCACGUUGAAACUGUAACGAAUACCUCGACUUCCGAGGGUAAAAAUAAAAUCUUUUUGCAGCAAUCUUCUUUCAGUUUCGACAUGUCUUUGGUUCAAAUAUUAUGGCCACUUUGCUCGGGUGGUAGCAUCUACGUCGUCCCCCAAUCUGGUCGAGGAGAUCCAGUGGCAAUAUCAAACAUCAUCUCAUCGGAGAAUAUCUCCGUCACGGCAGCUACUCCAUCCGAGUAUAUUAGUUGGAUCCGAUUUGGGGACUUAGAUAGCGUUCGAAAGUCGACAUGGACUCUGGCCAUCUCAGGUGGGGAACUAGUGACACGAAAUUUUGCACAAGUUUUCCGAGAUUUGGACAAACCAGGUUUGCAAGUUAUGAACUGCUAUGGUCCUACGGAAAUAACCUUCUUUUCACAUUUUUCGGAGUUCUUUUUCGCUGACAAUGACUGGGUCGCAACCAGUCCAUCGCUUGUCCCAUGGACAAAUUAUGCCACCUACAUCGUUGACUCUAGUCUCAAACCAGUGCCCGCAGGUGUUCCGGGUGAAGUUGUUAUCAGUGGGAUGGGUGUCUCUUCUGGGUAUCUCAAUAUGAAGGAAAUUACAAAUCAGCGAUUCUUGGCUGAUAAUUUCGCCUCAAACGACUUCAUUGCCCAAGGUUGGAACACUAUGCAUCUCACGGGAGACAGGGGACGACUGCUACCUGACGGAUCUUUGCUUCUCGAAGGGAGAAUCGCUGGUGAUACACAAAUCAAGCUACGUGGUCUUCGGGUCGAUUUACAGGAUAUUGAGGCUGCGAUAAUUUCAUCCUCCCAAGGUCGAAUACUUCAUGCUAUCGUGUCUGUUCGACGAUCACAACCAGCUGGGCCGGAAUUCCUUGUUGGACACGUUGAAUUCUCUCCAAGACACCCAUCAAAAAAUACGGAUGCCUUUAUUAAGAGCAUUUUACUCGAGCUCCCUCUUCCACAGUACAUGCAUCCCGCGUUGAUUAUUCCAGUCGAAGAUCUUCCGAGAACUAGCUCUGGUAAAAUCGACAGGCUUUCCGUUAAAUUAUUGCCACUUGCACAAAAGUAUCAGAGCAACAAUUCGUCCCAGGCGCUUAACGAAACGGAACCUCAACUCUUGCAACUUUGGGAAGAGAUAUUAACAACAGAAGUAAUGGACCAUUUCACAAUCGAUUCACAAUCAGACUUCUUCCAGGUUGGCGGAAGCUCGUUACUUCUCGUGCAACUACAGGCUCUCAUCAAGAAAACAUUCUCCAUCGAUCUCCCUCUGGUUCAACUCUUUGAUGUCAGUACUCUUGGUAAAAUGGCAGCUAGGAUCCACAAUGGACAGCACCCGAAUGAAACUUCGUCGCCUUCUCAAGUCCCAGAAAUUGCCGAUAAUACCACUUCCCGUUUAUCAGCUGUAGACGAAUCUAUAGGUUUAGGUGCCCAAACAUCUCAUUCAUCUGAUUUACUCACAGACUCCAACCCAGGCGACUCUAUACACUGGGAAAUGGAAGUAUCCCUCUCAUCAUCCCUCGAAGCUUCCAUCGUCCUCGGAGUCAAUGUACCACGAGCCGUGGUCUUGACGGGCUCAACCGGGUUCCUCGGAAAGGCAAUUCUUCAACGGCUAGUAUCCACCCCCUCUAUCGAAAAGAUCUACUGCAUAGCAGUCCGUCCCAAUUCUCAACGGUCUGACCCAGUAUUCUCAUCACCUAAGGUCCUAGUCUACACAGGCGAUCAAUCACUCCCCCUCCUUGGAUUAACAUAUUCCGAAACCGUCUCCAUAUUAUCCGACGCCGAUGCCAUAAUCCACAACGCAGCCGAUGUCUCAUUCCUGAAAACCUAUUAUUCACUACGGAAAACCAAUGUAGAAUCCACGAAACAACUCGCAGACUGGGCCGUCAUCCACGGGUUGCAAUUUCAUUAUAUAUCCACAGCGUCCGUCACCUACCUUUCUGGACAAGAAAGUUAUCCUUCAAUCAGCGUCCGGGAUUUCAAGCCUCCAGUUAAUGGUUCAAAUGGUUACAUUGCAUCCAAGUGGGCCUCUGAAGUCCACCUGGAGAGAAUGAAUCAGAAAUUUGGUAUGCCACUUGUCAUCCAUCGACCAUCCAGUAUCACAGGUCCGGGAGCCUCCGAAACAGAUGUCAUGAGCUCCCUCCUUAAAUACUCAAAAAUGCUGCAUGCGAUACCAAAAUCGGACUACAUAAAAGGAUACUUUGAUUUCAUUUCUGUAGAAAAAGCGGCGAAUGAGAUUGUAGAGUCGGUGCAACGAGGGGUUGAGGAUGUGGAGGCUCAAUAUGUCUUUGAGAGUGGCGAGUUGCAGAUGGAAAGCGAGGGCAUGAAAAAGAGUAUGGAGAUGCAAACUGGAGAGAGCUUCGUGGAGUUGAGUAUUUGGGACUGGGUUAAAAGAGCGGAAAUUUUAGGAUUGAACAGCAUGGUUGCUGCGUUUUUAAAUGGGGUCACCACUCAGGGGUUGCUAAUGACAAAGUUAGUUAAAGAUUAA